CGAUGUAGUAUGCACGCUAGCAUCAGUUCCGAAGAUGUUGCAUAAGUAACAAAUUAGUGGGGCAGUGCAGCACGAAUCGCGCAUCGCCUUGCACGUUUGUGGCUGCUACUAAUCGUGUCAGUAUAAUGGACGCUGUAGUGCCCCAAUUACCAGAAACAGAAAAGGUUUGCGAUGCUUCAGCUCAUGACGGGCGCAUCUCUUGAUUUUCAUUUAGGCACUGUGGCAUAAGCUUGUGCUUUUAGAUUUAAGUUUCCCUGUAGUUGGUUGCGAGCACGAUUGCAAUCGGCGCUCCCCUUCCGUGUUCGCUGUCAUGUCUCGACGCCGGGCCUCGGCUCUCAGUAACCGUCAGAUGGCGGACCAAAGCAGCAGCGUCCCAACACGUAUCUUGGACUGCAUUCCUUCAAACGUGAAGGCUUGCCUGCGGCGACUUCCGGCUGCGGUCGACCGUUUCCUAUCGGCACGAGGUGAUGGUGUCGCCUUAACUGUUGUCCGGAGGGCCUCUGUCGGCCUGUCACAGGAGGUGGGCCCGCUGAGCGAUUUCCUUUCGGAAUUUUGUAAUGAGCCGGCUUCACUUCACGACAAGGCGAGCAGGAUUGCCGCUGCAGUCCUGGCAGAUGAGGCAGUUCGCACCUCGCUUUUGCGUCUGGUGGCUGCUGGGGUGCGGCUGGCCCCAGCUGACCUGGAGACUGGCCGUGCGUCCGGAGCAGGCAGGACAGCUUUAGCUUACAUAGAAGCGUGCUCUGCCACUUCCAUCCUCUUGGAAAGAGUGUUAUAUGCGGAGAGAACUCCUGGGCUCUCAUCGCAGGUCAUGGACUUUGUUCGCAAGCUGUUGCGCAUGCAGACCCUGCACGCCCUCAGCCGCCAGCUGGCUGCCUCGGCAGAGGUCUUCAGGCGCUCCCGGGACGAAGCAUUGCUGCAGCAGCCACCGUCACCGCUGCAGCAGGGCGCCAUCACGGCCGCCGCCAUGCCCUUUUGCCUUCUCAGGAGCUUGAUGAUGGUAUUAUGGCUGGUACUAGGCGGGCGUCAGCAGGAUGAGCUGCUGGCAGAUCUCUACCUGGCUGAGCUUGCAGCUGCGCUGCAUGACACCCACGUGAUGGAGCAUGCGGCCAGGCUGGUGCUGCUAGCACAGGAGUCAGGGGCAUGGGAGCUAGGACACCUCGACGUAACCGGCGCUCACGCCGUUAAAGCCUUUCAAUCUGCGUGUCGUACCCUGGCUAACCUCUACGACCUCGUUUCUGACAGCUCAUUAGGAUUUCCAGCUGCUGUUCAGGCACAGCUGGGCCGGGUGCUGGCGGGGCCCUGCGUGCGGCAUGCAGUCAUCCUGCACGGCCUAGCAACGCUGUGCGCUGCUGACGGCGGCACCGCGUAUGGCCUGCCGUGGCUGGGUCGCUGCUGCGUGGAGUUGGACCAUCAUCCAUGCAUGGAUGGCUCACGCCGCCCAGUACCGGUCCUGUCGGCUGCCGCAGCAGUCCUGCUAGCAAUCGAAGCGCUGGUUCCCACUGCUCAGACCCCACCACGGGGACGGCGUGUCGCCCUGGCGCUGCUCAUGCGCUUUGGGAACAUGGCGGUAGCAUCAGGGCAGGCUUGGGCGGGGCUCACCCGCAACAGGUCAUCGUCAUCGCCCGGCUUCACCCCGACAACAGCUCCGGACAUGCAGCAGCUGGUUAUCCUGCCUCGUGCUUCCGUGACGGAAGUUGCAGUUAAGAGCCUGCUGGCAGCCAGCGCGAAAUUACAACGUCUGCAGGCCGACUCGCCAGCCCGCCUAGUGCAGGAGGUGGUGGAGUGGUGGCAGCUGGUAGAUGCGGUAUUACGGCACGCGAUGUCAGACCCGGGGGAACACGUCCAAGAGCUGGGAGAGGUGUUGGCGAAUGGUCUGAUCCACUCUUUGCCAAGAUCUAUAGAUGGAGGGUCAUGCACCCUCCCUCCAUUAUCCAGCAGUGCACCGCCCAUGGCUGCAGCAGCGCUGGCAGGCGGCGUCCUGCCCUGCCUGGAGCGCACCUUUCGCCGGGCAGGCGCGGACCCUUCUGGCCCGGAGAUGGCCCUAGUGGGCAGCCUGUUGGGCGUUGGAGGUGCGUCAAUGGCUCUGGUGGGCCUUUUGGUGCAUGGUGAGGAGCCGCAGGCGGCUGCUCUGCUGGUCACGCUAGGGAAGAUGCUGCGCAGUGGGGACGCUCGGGACGCUGGAGAGAGCGCGGCAAGCAGCAGUAGUGGGUGGAUGGCUGAGACUGUCUGCCAGCUGGUGUGUGACAUUCUGGCGUACAGCCAAGCGCUGCUGGAGUCCCGUGCAGCAAGUGUGAAGGAGGGCACCGCAGUAGCAGCAGCAGCAGCCAGCGGGACGGCAUCCACCCGUUUCCAGCAGGCGCUGCUGCUGGCGUCAUGCGCCCUGUGUGAAUGCCUGCCGCCACUGUCACGACUGGUGCAGCAAGCUUCGGUGGCUCGUGCGGACCGGCUGCUGCACGGUGGUUCAGCUGAUGCGAACUGGAUGGACGCUGCGCAGCAUUUCCUUGCCGUUGCAGAUUUCUGGCUGGUCAACAUCAUCUGCCAGUGCCUUGGCCCUGCAGCCACAUGCCACCCGCAGUCCAACAGUGGAGCGGUGCUCAUCAGCAGCAGAGCUGCAGCAGCUGCAGCAGCUGACAUCAGUGGUCCAGGCAAAGCCAGCUGGCGGCAGCUGCUGCUAGUAGAGGUGGACGUCGUGGCGUUGCUGGGAGCACUCCUGAGGGUGGGGGCUAACUGCCACCAGCCGGGCCAUGGCGUCACAUGCCUUGCACGCAGCUGUUGUGCAGUGGCAGUGGCAUUCCCGGAGCAGGUACGGCAGGCGGCGGUGGCGGCAGCAGCGGAUCCGGCAGCAGCAGGCUGGCGGCCGGAGCGGCUGCUUGCGCUGUUGCCGCUGCUGCUGCCAUCAGCAGCCGCUGCAGCAGCAGCAGAUGACAUGCAGGCAAGUGCAUUGAGCAGUGGCGUAUCUGGCAGCAGCAGUGACAUGCAGGAGGAGGGUGGGUCCGCCGAGGACAGCGCCUCCAGCAGCGGCGGUGAACCAAGCAGUGGGGUAUCGAGGAGCAGCAUGGAGCAGCAGGAGGGCAGACGCAGUGGUGGUGGUAUGGCGCAGGAGAACGGAUCCAGCAGCAGCAGCAGCGGCAGUGGUGUAUCAAACAGCAGUGGUGGAUCAAGCAGCAACCGCAUGGAGAAGGAGCACGGUGAUGUACCAAACAGUUGUACAUCCAGCAGCAGUGACCCGGAGGGGAGUGGGGUCAGUGCCGAUGCUGAAGCUGUUGAGGUGGAGGAGAACAGCAGCCGUGAUGCGAGUGCUGUCUGGGUGGAGGGAGGUUUGGCUCGAUUAGUGCAGGCCCUGGCGGGGCAGCUGGAGGCGUGGAGCAGUGGUGGCGACCAACCCAGCGAGGAGGGCAAGGGGGCGGCGGGUGGCAACGGGUAUCUGGACAGCAUCAGUGUGAUGCUUGGGAACGCAUUGGCCCUGGUCUCGCCGGCGGAGCUGCGGGUGCGGGGGCUGUUGCGGGGUUGCGGCAACCCGGGCUGUGCGAACCUGGCGGGGGACAGCGAGGCGGAGGUGAAGCUGAAGAAGUGCGGGCGGUGCGGGGCGGUGGGGUACUGCUGCCGGGAGUGUCAGGUGGCGCACUGGAAGGCGGGGCACAAGGAGGCGUGUGGGCGGGGUGCAACAAGGGGGCGCCCUGACUGCUAGUGUGAAUGUAUGAAACCUGGGAUUUGAGGCCUGGCAUGUAUACAUAUAGGACGACACGACUUGCAUUGGGGGGCCUGGUAUCAACGUGCAAGGGCACAAGGAAAAGGAUGCGUUUAGGCAUGGUUGACGGAGAUGCGUAUGGAAGGGUUCUCGCUGUGGUUAAGGGAGGGGACUCAAAAGGACCCGAGUAGUAGCCGGGAUAGGUAUGAUUUCAUCAUCACUCAUCAGGAGCUGGGCACCGGUACCUUACCCUAGCUGCUGUGGUGCGUGGGGUGCAUGGGUCGUGCUUGCAUGCACGGUUCAGGACAGGGUUGGUUUAAACCAGCCCAGCCUAACUGUGCUAAUAGGCCUGUCCACGUGUUUGUGUGUUCGAGUAGUGCCGUUAGUUGUGGUUAUGCUUGUUACCGAGUAGCCUCUAGGUUUGGUUGCUGCGGGUGAAUAUACCGGUAGUCGGCCACUGGUGCAUCCUGAACAUGGGUUGGAUGGGUGCGGGGACGUGUGGUGUGCUGUAUGUACGUAAUGUCAUGUUAGCUAGAUAGGUGUGGGGAGCUCGGUGCAGCGCAGGGGCGAUGCUUGUGCAUGCAUACGGUCGGUGAGGACUUUGGCUUAAGCCUACAAGUAAGCCCUGCUGCUGCACACGCCAUCAUGGCAACUGGAGCAUCAAGAGAUAUCAGGUAUGUACGAUGUAGCUGGCACUGUAGCUGGUUAUUAGGGUAUGGGACUAUAUAUGUAUGGGACUGUAUGUUGGUGCAGGACCCUGACAGCUAUUAGAUGGACACGGGGUUUCCAGUGUUAUGUGACAUAUCGUGUCAUGCACCAGUCGGAAUACCAGUAAUGUCUGGAGACUUGGCGACAGCACUGCGUGGACAAAUUGUUUCCGGGAAUGGCAACGCAUCAGUGUAGUGUGUGGGGGUCUCUCAUGGCGGACAGGCAGCAAGAGGCUUCUGGGGCCGGUUUCCUAGCUACAUACCUGCAUGCCCCGGUAUGUAUCGGCUCUACUUGUAUGGUGUGAUCGGCUGCUGGCGAGGGUGCUAGCUAGCUGUGCAUACCGGUAACGGUCUUGCGAUCCAAGCUACCGUAUAAUGGGCGCAGCAGUACUAGCACUGCUGGGUGUGCUGGGCUGCGGCUGCCCCUUAUGCACGUUGCUACCCCGCACAUGGCCUUGCUCCUGGCUCCUGAUGCUCAGUACCCCUGAGGGCACAUGGCCGGAGCGAGCCUUGUUAUACGUCGGAAGGACUUAACAGUUGCGUGCAGUUUUCGGGUCGCCGGGGUGUAGCACGGAUGUAGGAGAGAUGUCACUGACACAUGGGAUGGGUCUUGACAACAGCGGCAUGCCAGCAGCCGCCAGUCGAGUAGCUUUCCCUUCCUGCGUGUUCUGUAUGUGGCUGGUGGUCUCGGUUGAGAGUCGUUUGGGCUGCCUGCUAAGCUGCUCCAAAUGCCUACUUGAAGGGGCAUGCACCAGCCCGACUUUCAAGAUACAUGCCAGCAGCACGUUUGCUGGUCCAAACCAUCCGGUCAACUACUGCUCGUCACAACGCCGCAUGGUCAGUACCUGACCUGCGCACAUAUGCGCUUGUUACGGACCCCGGAC